AUGAUACUCUCUACUGGUGCGUUCAGCCCGACGUUUGCCACCCAGCUACUCCUACUUGCUGAUGAGGGUCAUUAUGCCAUAAGUCAAAAUGCAAUAUUAAAAAUUGCAUAUGAAUAUCUUGAUGUAAAAACAUUAAAUGAAUUUAUACAAAAACUUGGACUUAUAUCGUUCAACAAACGUCUGUCGGCCGUAUCUACAAUAACAACAACAAACGGAAAAGUCGAUGAUGACAGAGCAACGAAAAAUCGACCAUCGUAUCAUUUCGACGCCGAAAUGUUCGUUCUAGCGAACAACUUGCUAAUCAAUUCGCAAGAACUGAUACUAAAUUCGAUUCGUAGUCAACAAUUUUCAGCUGCUCGACAACAGCUCAGCACCUAUCUUCAUACACUGCAAGAUUUCUACAGUCAUUCAAACUACAUUGAAAUGGACGGUAUAGGUGCAUUUCGCCCAUUAGGCGAAGCAAACGCGUUUCAGGGAAGAAUAGUAACGGUUGAUAUGGCAACAUGUUCAAACUGUACAUCACCGUGUGACUUAUGCAAUUAUGUAUGCGUAGACAAUAUCAAUCCGUCUAUCAAUCAACAUCAAUCAACAGCAACUGUUCACCAGUGGAUAUUAUGGCGGACAAAUGGAAAAUGGAAGAGACAUUUUGAAACCGACAAAUGCGCUUAA